UCCAUGUAACCAAUCCCUGUAGAUGCGGGCCAGCAAAAAUACUAUGAUUGUUCAUAGAGGGAAGCUUCCCGUAACAGUGCAACCCAUAUUAUAUGAGUAGGAAGAGAUCAAAAAUGUCUUCCAGUGGCACUCUCAGUAACUGCUAUGUGGACGCUAUCAUGGGGCAGGAGCCGGAGGAUGUGUACGGUGCGCGCUUUAUCCAGGCUCCACACACGAUGACCCCGAGGCCGUCAGGUGCUGGGGACAACGCAGACUUCUCCUCGUGUAAUUUUGCGCCGAAGUCAGCCGUUUUCUCCUCGUCCUGGUCCUCGGUUCACCCUCAGGGGAUCUACCACCCGUACGUGCACCAUCACCACCACCACCAGUCCCAUCUGCCCGCCUCGGACGGCAGAUAUGUUGGCGUGCGCUCCUGGAUGGACCCCAUCUCCAACCACGUUUCCUUCGCCGGAUUCCACCCCGGCAGUCGGCCGUACGGGACAAAGCCGGAGGUCCUGCCGGCGAAACAGGCAACGGAGUGCGACGCGUUGGAAGCAGAAGCUCGGCCGAUCAGCGGCGAAUUCGCUUGUGGAGUAUCAAAGUGUCCCGAAAAGGCGAGCAAGGAGCACAGUGGAAGCGAGCUUUCGAGCCACAGUGAGCCCAAAGAGGAGAAACAACAACUUGACCCAAACAACCCUGCAGCAAACUGGAUUCAUGCACGUUCAACAAGAAAGAAGCGAUGUCCCUACACUAAAUAUCAGACUUUAGAGCUGGAGAAGGAGUUUCUCUACAACAUGUAUCUGACAAGAGACCGGCGCUAUGAAGUGGCCCGCAUACUCAGUUUAACGGAGAGACAAGUGAAGAUCUGGUUCCAGAACCGGAGGAUGAAAAUGAAGAAGAUGAACAGAGAGAGGAGCAGCAAGGAUCAGCUAUAAGCUCGCUGCUGGUGCCAUUUUACGCAUUCUGACGUUUGCACCAAGGAAGCCAUGUGAACAAUUCAAUUGUUUUGGUAGGGGCGUCCGUAGCCAUUUUAUUUUAUUUUUAUUUUUAGAUAUUCUAUAACAUUAAGUGUCAUUGCCAUUUGGGCAAAUAUUGCCUCACGUAUGGAGGAAUUUGCCUUGAUGAGACCCAGACAGGAUCUGUCAGAAAAUGUCCUGAAGUUUCCUCUCUUUUUUGUUUUUUUUUUUUUGUUUACAAUUUUACGCAAACCGGGAUGUUUACGCAGCAGAAACGUGCCUAUUGCUUUUAUAGUUAUUAAGGAUUUGGAGUUGUGUAUAUAAAACAUUUUCACAGCAACUACUUUGACUGCUGUCUGUGUCAGUACUCACACACUCACACACAGGGAAGAUUCUUAUCACUAACACAUUCGCUCACUAACUUCUAAAAGCCUCUAACAGUCAGGUGUUUUGGAAAAUUACGUGUGUUCAACGUUGUGCAAACCAAAGUGAUAUGGUGGUGUAAUUUUAAGCUUCGCUAAAUUCAUAAAAUAGGAGAUUUCCUUUGAUGUUUCUGUAAUUUUAGUGGAUUGUUUCAUUCAAGUAGUGAUUUUUUUAAACCCUAAAAUGUCAGCUGAGGCCAUUUUUCCUCAAAGGCUUCACCAGAUUUUGGAGUCGUGUAAUACAAAAAUAUUUAACCCAGUUGAAUUUCUUACUAGCACUGUAAGUGAAAUCUCGCUUCUCUGUUUUUUUUUUUUUUUUUUAAGAACAGUGGAAUUUAAAACGUAGAAUUACAAGUAAUAAAGUGUUUACGAUUGGGA